AGCGCAGGGACGCGCGGGGCGUGCGUGGGGCCCGGCGAAGAAACGAACCGGGGUACGUCGCAACCCGGGGUACGUGGCCGGAGGUCCCGAGAAGAGCCCGGCGCCUACCCACCAAGGCAGCACGAAGAGGACCGUCGCGGGGUUGUGCGUGCCCUCCCGACCCGAUUCCACCCACCCCGGUCCGGCGCAGGAGGCAGGCCGCCCCCCACAGGGGCGCAGUGCGGGGCAGCGGGCGGGCAGGCAUGCUGCGGCUCCUGGCGCCCCUGCUCUCCCUGGCGCUGCUGCCCGCGCUCGCCCGAGCACGAGGCCCGCGGUGCUCCCAGCCCAACGAGAGUUGUCUGAACGGGGGCAAGUGUGAAGUGGCCAACGGCACGGAGACGUGCGUAUGCAGCAGUGCCUUUGCCGGCCCGAGGUGCCAGGAGCCCAACCCGUGCCUCAGUAGGCCCUGCAGGGAUGGUGGCACAUGCCUAGUGGCUGAACGUGAUGGUGCUGUGGAUUAUACCUGUAGCUGCCGUCUGGGCUUCUCAGGGCCCCUGUGCCUGACACCCCAGGACAACGCCUGCCUCACCAACCCAUGCCGGAAUGGUGGCACCUGUGAACUGCUCACUCUGAAUGAUUACAAGUGUCGUUGCAGCCCCGGAUGGUCAGGGAAAACAUGUCAGCAGGCGGACCCAUGUGCUUCUAAUCCCUGUGCCAAUGGUGGCCGCUGCCUGCCCUUCGAGGCUUCGUAUAUCUGCAGCUGCCCAACCGGCUUCCACGGGCCCACCUGCCGCCAGGACGUGAAUGAGUGUGGCCAGACGCCCUCGCCCUGCCGCAAUGGGGGCACAUGCCACAAUGAGGUGGGCUCUUUCCGCUGCGCCUGCCGGCCCACUCACACGGGUCCCCUGUGCGAUCUGCCCUUCGUGCCCUGCAGCCCCUCACCCUGCCAGAAUGGGGGCACCUGCCGACCCACGGGCGACACCACGCAUGAGUGUGCAUGCCUGCCAGGUUUUGCUGGGCAGAAUUGUGAGGAAAACGUUGAUGACUGCCCGGGGAAUGGCUGCAAGAACGGGGGUGCCUGUGUGGAUGGUGUCAACACCUACAACUGCCGCUGCCCGCCUGAGUGGACAGGCCAGUACUGCACGGAGGACGUGGAUGAAUGCCAACUAAUGCCCAACGCCUGCCAGAACGGUGGCACCUGCCACAACACCAAUGGUGGCUACACCUGUGUAUGCGUCAAUGGCUGGACGGGUGAGGACUGCAGUGAGAACAUCGAUGACUGUGCCAGCGCUGCCUGCUUCCAGGGUGCCACCUGCCAUGACCGUGUUGCCUCCUUCUACUGCGAGUGCCCACAUGGCCGCACAGGCCUGCUGUGUCACCUCAACGACGCCUGUAUCAGCAACCCCUGCAAUGAAGGCUCUAACUGCGACACCAACCCUGUCAAUGGCAAGGCCAUCUGCACCUGCCCCUCUGGCUACACAGGCCCUGCCUGCAGCCAGGAUGUGGACGAGUGUUCCCUGGGCGCCAACCCCUGUGAGCAUGCAGGCAAAUGCAUCAACACUCUGGGUUCCUUCGAGUGCCAGUGUCUUCAGGGAUACACCGGGCCCCGCUGCGAGAUUGACGUCAAUGAAUGUGUGUCAAAUCCAUGUCAGAAUGACGCCACAUGCCUGGACCAGAUCGGGGAGUUCCAGUGCAUCUGCAUGCCUGGCUACGAGGGGGUGCACUGUGAGAUCAACACAGAUGAGUGUGCCAGCAGCCCCUGCUUGCAGAAUGGCCGCUGCGUGGACAAGAUCAACGAGUUCCUGUGCGAGUGCCCCACAGGCUUCACUGGGCACUUGUGCCAGCAUGAUGUGGAUGAGUGUGCCAGCACUCCCUGUGGAAACGGCGCCAAGUGCCUAGACGGCCCCAACAGCUACAGCUGCGUUUGCACUGAGGGCUACACGGGGCCCCACUGUGAGGUGGACAUCGAUGAGUGUGAACCCGACCCCUGCCACUAUGGCACCUGCAAGGAUGGCGUGGCCGCCUUCACCUGCCUAUGCCGGCCUGGCUACACCGGCCAUCACUGCGAGGCCAACAUCAACGAGUGCCACAGCCAGCCCUGCCGCCAUGGGGGCACAUGCCAGGACCGUGACAACAGUUACCUGUGCAUAUGCCUCCCAGGGACCACAGGUCCCAACUGUGAGAUCAACCUGGACGACUGUGCCAGCAGUCCUUGCGCCUCAGGCACCUGCAUGGACAAGAUCGAUGGUUAUGAGUGUGCCUGCGCGCCAGGCUACACAGGGAACAUGUGCAACAUCGACAUAGACGAGUGUGCUGCGCGGCCCUGCCACAAUGGGGGCACGUGCGUGGACGGCAUCAACAGUUUCACCUGCCAUUGCCCCGAGGGAUACCAUGGCCCCACGUGCCUGUCAGAGGUGAACGAGUGCAGCAGCGACCCCUGCAUUCAUGGUGCCUGCCGGGACGGCCUCAACGGGUACAAGUGUGACUGUGACCCCGGCUGGAGCGGAACGAACUGUGACGUCAACAACAACGAGUGCGAGUCUAACCCCUGUGCCAAUGGUGGCACGUGCAGGGACCUGAGUGGGGGCUAUGUGUGUGCCUGCCGUGGGGGCUUCAGUGGCCCCAACUGCCAGACCAACAUCAAUGAGUGUGCCUCGAACCCGUGCCUGAACCAGGGCACAUGCAUGGAUGAUGUGGCCGGCUACAAGUGCAACUGCCCGCUACCCUACACAGGAGCCUCCUGUGAGGUUGUAUUGGCCCCGUGCACCCCUGACCCUUGCAAGAACAGCGGGAAAUGCCAGGAGUCCGAGGACUAUGAGAGCUUCUCCUGUAUGUGCCCUGCGGGCUGGCAAGGCCAGACAUGUGAGAUCGACAUCAACGAGUGUGUGAAGAGCCCAUGUCGCAAUGGGGCCUCCUGCCAGAACACACAUGGAGGCUACUACUGCCACUGCCGCGCUGGCUACACUGGGCGCCAUUGUGAGAACGACGUGGAUGACUGCUGGCCCAACCCAUGCCACAACGGCGGCUCCUGCACCGACGGUAUCAACUCGGCCUCGUGUACCUGCCUGCCUGGCUUCCAGGGCCCCUUCUGUGCAGAGGACAUCGAUGAGUGUGCCAGCAGCCCCUGCCUCAAUGGUGCCAACUGCACUGACUGUGUAGACAGCUAUACUUGUACCUGUCCUCCCGGCUUCAGUGGGAUCCACUGCGAAGACAACACACCCGACUGCACCGAGAGCUCCUGCUUCAAUGGCGGCACCUGUGUGGACGGCAUCAACUCCUUUACCUGCCUGUGCCCACCUGGCUUCACAGGCAGCUACUGCCAACAUGAUGUCAACGAGUGCGACUCGCGGCCCUGCCUACAUGGCGGCACGUGUCAGGACAGUUACGGGGCCUACAAGUGUACCUGUCCCCAGGGCUACACUGGCCUUAACUGCCAGAAUCUGGUGCGCUGGUGCGACUCCUCACCCUGCAAGAAUGGGGGUCGCUGCUGGCAGACCCACACGCAAUUCCGUUGUGAGUGCCGUGCUGGCUGGACAGGUCUGCGCUGCGAUGUGCCCGGUGUGUCCUGCGAGGAGGCUGCGCGCCGACGAGAUGUGAAUGUCACCCAGUUGUGCCGGAACGGGGGCUUCUGCAUCAAUGACAGCAACACCCACCACUGCCGCUGCCGGGCUGGUUACACCGGCAGUUACUGUGAGGACCAGGUGGACGAGUGCUCACCUAGCCCGUGCCACAAUGGUGCCACCUGCACAGACUACCCCGGUGGCUACUCUUGUAAGUGCAUGCCUGGGUACCAAGGAGUCAACUGCUCCGAGGAGAUAGACGAAUGCCAAUCCCGCCCAUGCCAAAAUGGAGGCACCUGCAUUGAUCUCGUCAACACCUACAAGUGCUCCUGCCCCCGUGGCACCCAAGGCAUGCACUGCGAGAUCAACGUAGACGACUGUCACCCGGCGCUAGACCCCGUGACCCAGGGCCCCAAGUGCUUCAACAAUGGCACCUGUGUGGACCGCGUGGGUGGCUACAGCUGCCUCUGCCCUCCUGGCUUCGUGGGCGAGCGUUGCGAAGGGGACGUCAACGAGUGUCUGUCCAACCCUUGCGAUGCCCGUGGCACCCAGAACUGUGUGCAGCGAGUCAAUGACUUCCACUGCGAGUGCCGCGCAGGCCACACCGGGCGGCGCUGUGAAUCUGUCAUCAAUGGAUGCAAGGACAGGCCCUGUAAGAAUGGAGGUACUUGUGCCGUGGCCUCCAACACCAUCCGUGGCUUCAUCUGCAAGUGCCCGCCGGCUUUUGAGGGCGUCACCUGCGAGAACGAUGCCCGUGCCUGUGGCAGUCUGCGCUGCCUCAACGGGGGCACCUGUGUGUCGGGCCCGCACAGCCCCACCUGCCUGUGCUCAGAUGGCUUCACUGGCCCCGAGUGCCAAUUCUCGGCCAACAGCCCCUGCGAGGGCACAAACCCCUGCUACAACCAGGGGGUCUGUGAGCCCACGGCUGAGAGACCAUUCUUCCGCUGCCUGUGCCCCCCCAAGUUCAACGGGCUCCGGUGCCACAUCCUUGACUACAGCUUUGUGGGUGGCGCAGGCCGUGACAUCAACCCGCCACAGGUGAAGGAGGUGUGCGAGCUCCCCGCAUGCCGAGAGGAGGCAGGGAACAAGGUGUGCAGCGCCCCCUGCAACAACCAUGCCUGCGGCUGGGAUGGAGGCGAUUGCUCUCUCAACUUCAACGACCCCUGGCAGAACUGCUCACAGGCGCUGCAGUGCUGGAAGUACUUCAACGAUGGCCGCUGUGACAACCAGUGCAAUUCGGCCAACUGCCUGUUUGAUGGCUUUGACUGCCAGCAUGCUGAGGGCCAGUGCAACCCCCUCUAUGACCAGUACUGCAGGGACCACUUCAGUGAUGGCCAUUGUGAUCAAGGCUGUAAUAGUCCUGAGUGUGAAUGGGAUGGGCUAGACUGUGCUGGACAUGUUCCUGAGCGCCUGGCGGCAGGCACACUGGUGGUGGUAGUCCUGGUGCCACCCGACCAGCUUCGCAACCACUCCCUGCACUUCCUGCGGGAGCUGAGCCGCUUGUUGCACACCAACGUGGUCUUCAAGCGCGAUGCCAACGGCCAGCACAUGAUCUUCCCCUACUAUGGCAAUGUGGAGGAGCUGCACAAACACCCUAUCAAGCGCUCGCUAGACACACUGAGCAACUGGCCUGCACCCCGAGACCUCCUGGGCCAAGUGACAGCCAAGCUGCUCCCAGGCAGCCAGGGCUCUCGGCGGCGCCGGGAGCUAGACCCCAUGGACAUUCGAGGCUCCAUCGUGUACCUGGAGAUUGAUAACCGGCAGUGCGCAUUAGCAUCUGCCCAGUGCUUCCAGAGUGCCGCCGAUGUGGCUGCUUUCCUGGGGGCGCUCGCCUCACUGGGCAGUCUCGACAUCCCCUACAAGAUCGAGGCAGUACAGAGUAAGACGGAGCCGCCGCCACCACCACCACUGCACUUCAUGUACGUGGCUGUGGCCGCCUUCCUGCUGCUCUUCUUCGUGGGCUGCGGGGUUCUGUUGUCCCGCAAGCGCCGACGCCAGCAUGGGCAGCUCUGGUUCCCUGAGGGCUUCAAGGUGUCAGAAGCUGGCAAGAAGAAGCGGCGUGAGCCCCUGGGCGAGGACUCCGUGGGCCUCAAGCCCCUGAAAAAUUCAUCGGAUGGAGCGUUGAUGGAUGACAACCAGAAUGAGUGGGGCGAUGGUGACCUGGAGACCAAGAAAUUUCGGUUUGAGGAGCCAGUGGUCCUUCCUGACCUGGAUGAGCAGACUGACCACCGCAAGUGGACACAGCAGCACCUAGAUGCAGCGGACUUGCGUGUAUCGGCUAUGGCGCCCACACCGCCACAGGGUGAGGCCGAUGCCGACUGCAUAGAUGUCAACGUUCGUGGGCCAGAUGGCUUCACACCCCUCAUGAUCGCCUCCUGUAGCGGAGGGGGCCUGGAGACGGGUCACAGUGAGGAGGAGGAGGAUGCACCUGCUGUCAUCUCAGACUUCAUCUACCAGGGCGCCAGCCUGCAUAGCCAGACUGACCGUACAGGGGAGACAGCCCUGCACCUGGCUGCUCGCUACUCGCGUUCUGAUGCUGCCAAGCGCCUGCUGGAGGCCAGUGCUGACGCUAACAUCCAGGACCACAUGGGCCGCACCCCACUGCAUGCCGCUGUGUCAGCAGAUGCCCAGGGUGUCUUCCAGAUCCUGAUCCGGAACCGAGCCACAGACCUAGAUGCCCGUAUGCACGAUGGCACCACGCCGCUGAUCCUGACAGCCCGCCUGGCAGUAGAGGGCAUGCUGGAAGAGCUCAUCACCUCUCAUGCCGAUGUCAAUGCUGUGGAUGACCUGGGCAAGUCUGCACUUCACUGGGCAGCUGCAGUGAACAAUGUGGAGGCAGCCAUAGUGCUGCUGAAGAAUGGUGCCAACAAGGACAUGCAAAGCAACAAGGAGGAGACGCCAUUGUUCCUGGCCGCCCGGGAGGGCAGUUAUGAGACAGCCAAGGUGCUCCUGGAUCACUUUGCCAACCGAGACAUCACAGACCACAUGGAUCGGCUGCCCCGUGACAUUGCACAGGAGCGGCUGCACCACGACAUCGUAAGGCUGCUGGACGAGCACAGUCUGGUGUGUAGCCCCCCACUGCACAACUCCGGCCUGCCCGGGGCACCCACCCUGUCGCCCCCGCUCUGCUCACCCAACGGCUACCUGGGCAACCUCAAGGCCGCCUCUCAGGGCAAGAAGGCCCGCAAGCCCAGUGCUAAAGGCCUGGCAUGUGGCAAGGACGCCAAGGAACUGAAGGCUCGCCGGAAAAAAUCGCAGGAUGGCAAGGGCUGCCUGCUAGACACGUCCAAUGUGCUGUCACCUGUGGGCUCACUUGAGUCCCCUCAUGGCUACCUGUCAGAUGUGGCCUCACCACCACUCCUGCCCUCGCCAUUCCAGCCGUCCCCCUCUGUGCCCCUCAACCACCUGCCUGGCAUGCCCGACACUCACAUGAGUCUGGGCCACCUGAGCGUGGCAGCCAAACCUGAGCUGGGUGGUGGCGGCGGCCGACUGGCCUUUGAGGCUGGCCCACCUCGCCUAUCCCACCUGCCUGUGGCAUCGGCUACCGGCACCGUCCUAGGCAGUGGCGGUGGCACAGGGGGAGGCAGUACCGGAGGUGCGGCCGUGAAUUUUACCCUGGGUAGCGGCACUGCCAGCCUCAGCGGUCAAUGUGAGUGGCUCUCCCGUCUGCAGAACGGGCUGGUGCCCGGCCAGUAUGGUGCCCUGCGUGGGGCAGUGGGGCCCGGGCCUCUAAGUGUCCAGGCCCCUGCACUACAGCACGGCAUGAUGGGGGCCUUGCAUGGUGGCCUCUCAGCGGGGGCCCUGUCACAGAUGGUGAGCUACCAGGCUCUCCCUGGCUCACGCCUGGCACCGCAGCCUCCUCACCUGGUGCCCACACAGCCACUUCAGCAGGUGCCGCCGACGCAGCCCAAUUUACAGAUGCCACAGCCCAGCCUGCAGCCACAGCUCAGUGUCACCCCGGCCACCAACAGCCACCUGGGCCGCAGCUUCCUGGGCGGGGAGCCCAGCCAGGCAGACGGGCAGUCACUGGGUGCCAGCAGUCUGGGCAUGCACACAGGGCUGCCGGACAACCAGGGCCUGGCCCCACCGCUCACCACAGCGCAGUUCCUCACGCCACCCUCACAGCACAGCUAUGCCUCCCCAGUGGACGGCACCCCCAGCCACCAGCUCCACGUGCCUGAGCACCCCUUCCUUACCCCAUCCCCCGAGUCCCCAGACCAGUGGUCUAGCUCAUCACCGCACUCCAACAUCUCCGAUUGGUCCGAGGGUGUCUCCAGCCCGCCCACCAGCACGCAGGCCCAGAUGCCGCACAUUCCCGAGGCCUUCAAGUAAACAGCCGCGCCCCUGGGGACCCUGUGCUUCCUUUCCCAAGCUCUGCCGGGCGGGGACCCACCAAAGGAGCUUUUUUUUUAAAAAAAAAAAAAAAGGAAAAGAAAAGAGAAAAAAAAGUUUUUUUAUACAAAAGAGGACUUUUUUUUUUUUCCCUAAUAUUUAUUUCUGUACUGGUGUCUUGAUGUGCAAACAUUACUUCUUAUUUAUGUGGACUCUGCUCUCCUCCGGCCCUCAGAUGGACCUGGCUGCCUCAGUGAGUCUUACGUGUGUGUAAAAUAUCAGCCAGGAUUCGCAGUUUUCAGAGGCCGCUUAUUUAUUGAUUGUGUGUCCAACUGCAAAAGGAAACGAAGUUGGUGAAAGGAAGCUUUGAACUAGCAUCGUCCAAAAAGCUAUGGGCUACCCCACAGAUCUCUUCCCAUUUUCCCCCCGGAUACGGGGCAAAGCAGGGCCAUCUGUCACCUUGGACCCUUGUCACCUCGGACCCCUGACGUGACGCGCAUUGAGAGGCAGCUGAGAUGAGAUGGCUUUGGGUUCUGGGAAUUAGC